GUGGCGCCAAAUUGCGAACAUGGCGCCGGAGCGGCUGCGGAGCCGCGCGGUCUCAGCUUUUAAGCUGCGCGGCUUGCUGCUGAGAGGGGAAGCCACUAAGUAUCUCACUGAAGCCCUUCAGUCUGUCACCGAGUUAGAGCUUGAAGAGACCCUAGAAAAGAUCAUCGAUGCAGUUGAAAAGCAGCCCUUGUCAUCAGACAUGAUCGAGCGGUCCGUGGUGGAAGCGGCCGUCCAGGAGUGCCGGCAGUCGGUCGAUGAGACUAUAGAGCAUAUUUUCAAUAUUAUUGGAGCUUUUGAUAUUCCACAUUUUGUGUACAGUUCAGAAAGAAAAAAAUUCCUCCCUCUAUCAAUGACUAAUCACGCUGCGCCAACCUUAUUUGGAACAGCACGAGAUAAAGCUGAGCUGUAUCGUGAACGGUAUACUAUCUUACACCAGAGGACGCACAGACAUGAAUUAUUCACUCCUCCGGUAAUAGGCUCACACCCCGAGGAAAGCGGAAGCAAAUUCCAGCUUAAAACAAUAGAAACUCUACUGGGCAGUACAAGCAAAGUCGGCGACGUGAUUGUCCUUGGAAUGAUAACCCAGCUGAAAGAGGGGAAGUUUUUCCUGGAAGAUCCUACUGGGAUAGUACAGCUGGAUCUUAGUAAAGCACAGUUCCACAGCGGCUUAUACACGGAGGCGUGCUUUGUCCUGGCUGAAGGUUGGUUUGAAGAUCAAGUGUUUCAUGUCAAUGCCUUUGGAUUUCCACCCACCGAGCCCUCUAGCACCACAAGGGCGUACUAUGGAAAUAUUAAUUUUUUUGGAGGGCCCUCUAAUGCGUCAGUGAAGACUUCUGCCAAGCUGAGACAGCUGGAGGAGGAGAACAAGGACGCCAUGUUUGUGUUUGUGUCUGACGUUUGGUUGGACCAAGUGCAGGUGUUGGAGAAGCUUCACGUCAUGUUCUCUGGUUAUUCACCGGCACCUCCAACCUGCUUCAUUCUGUGCGGUAACUUUUCAUCUGCACCCUAUGGAAAAAAUCAAGUUCAGGCUUUGAAAGACUCCCUAAAGUCUUUGGCAGACAUAAUAUGUGAAUACCCAAGUAUCCACCAAAGUAGCCGCUUUGUGUUUGUUCCUGGUCCUGAGGACCCUGGAUUUGGUUCCAUCUUACCAAGGCCUCCGCUUGCCGAGAGUAUCACGAAGGAGUUCAGAGAAAGGGUGCCGUUUUCAGUGUUCACUACUAACCCGUGCAGAAUUCAGUAUUGUACACAAGAAAUUAUUAUCUUCCGUGAAGACUUAGUAAAUAAAAUGUGUAGAAACUGUGUCCGUUUUCCUAGUAGCAAUUUGGAUAUUCCUACUCAUUUUGUCAAGACGGUCUUAUCUCAGGGACACCUGACUCCUCUACCCAUCUAUGUCUGCCCCGUCUACUGGGCAUAUGAUUACACCCUGAGAGUGUACCCUGUGCCCGACCUGCUGGUCAUCGCAGACAAGUAUGACCCGUUCACUGUGACCAACACGGAGUGCCUCUGCAUGAACCCUGGCUCUUUUCCAAGAAGUGGAUUUUCAUUCAAAGUUUUUUACCCUUCCAGUAAGACCGUGGAAGACAGCAAACUUCAGGGCUUUUGAGACUCAUGAGAAUAAAGGAAAUGAAUUUUCUCAUUUUUUAUCUUGUGUAAUUUGUAUAUUAAAUUGUAAUAAAAUUAUGGCAAACCUUAGAAAGUUCAGCACAGGUUGUAUUUAAUAAAAUUUGAUGUUAUAUUACACUUCAGAAAGUUUUAUAGAAAACUAUUUUCUCUGCUGUCUCUAAAACAUGUAGAUAUUUUCAGAUUACAUAUUUGUGCUUGUUUAAUUCCAUGCUAGUCACAAUCCGUUCAUUUUAGAAAAUAAGUAUUUUAACAUUUUGAGAAGCUUUUCAGUCUGACUUGGGUUAUUGGCACCAUAAUUGUAUUAAUAAAUUCACACGUAAAAAUUCUUUUUACAAAGUUGAGAAAAAUCUGUUUUAGGGUGUUGGUAUUUACAACAUAAUUAUCCAUAACUUUUUAAUUUUUAAUUAUCAUUCCCAUAGUUUUUAUACUUAUAAAACAUACGAUUUUUGUUUAGUUUUUUGCUUUUCUGGGGAUUGAACCCAGAACCAUCCACACUGCUAGGUAAGCACUGCACUACUGAGCGACACCUGGAGCCGGCGGUCUGCUUUGAAUCACACUGUUCUGUGUGAAGACAAACUGUGAAGUGGCUGGACCUCUGAUGGACAUGGUGACUCAGACCAGGCGUGGAAAGCAGCAGAUAGUGGGGCCACAGUAGGACAAGGUAGGACUUGGUAGCUGAGCGGCAGCGAAGGGUAGUAAAGAGGAAUCAAGGAUAUAUUUAGAUACAGGCCUAAAAGCCAGGGAGGUAUUUACCGAGACCUCAGGUUUGAGAGGUGUCAGGGUUUCUGUUCUGAACAUGGUGAACUGCCUAGCCAAUGUUCAGGUAGAGAAAUCUAAUGUGUGGGUCUCCAACGCUCAGUGGUCAGGUAUGAAUGAAGGUCUAAUCUUGUAGGCAAUAGUUACCACAAAGUAAGACCCACGAAGGCAUCUUACUUGUUUUUAAUGAAGUUUGGUUUUGAACUCAUGAGUUUUCUGCCCUUUCCUCCUACGUGGUAGAUUAUAGAUAUGCACCACUCUACCUGGCUCAAGGUCUUCCUUCCAAACAAAAUCUGAAGCUUUCGAAAUACAAGAUAUAAAGCCCCUCAUUACCACACACACCUCAGCGCAUCGUUGCCAGCUGUAUACUGUUUUUCUAUGGCACAGUGACUGCACCUGAACCUACCAAUGCCUCAGCUGCCUCCACAUAGGGAGUAAAUGUUUUUACUAAGUCCCUGUCUUUUUAUUUUUAUCAAUAAAGACUCGGGAGCCAGAUGCUGGGGUGAAAAACCCACUAGCUAGCUCAGAGAGGCAGAGAAAGCCCCUAGCUGCUCCGUCCUCGGUUGGAAGAAAGAGCUUUUUUCUACCCCUGUCUAAAACACAACCUUCUCCAACCAGAUGUCCUCUUCUACUUCCUGUGGCUCUCUUUGACUUCCUGGCUUCAUCUCACUCGCUAAGGUGACUUCCAGCCAACUGGUUGCUCUGCCUCUUGACCGAUUGUUGAUUUUAUUUACAUAACGCAAUCUCCGGGUUAUCAGUGUGAUCGAAUAUCCCGCAACAGUAUACCCAAUAUCACAGUGUACCGUGAUUAAGAAAGGGGCCUACCCUGGAAGACCACUCUUGUUCUUUUCCGGGCCCAACACUCCACUCCCCCUUUUCAGAACAACCAUUAGUGUGGUAUUUUCUUUCUCAUUGACAUAGUUGUAUAGCCCAGAUUCUACCAGUGAGGUUUACUUAGCCACAUUUUUAUUGACUGUGUAAUGGACUAUUCCCAGACAUACGCAUUAUUUUGUAUCGGUUUCUUUUAUAUAACAUUACAGUAGUGGCAUUCAUUGGUAUUGCUGUAUAGCUGAUGUGUGCUGGAUAUGUGCUGCUAAUUAUCCACUUGAUUACGAAUGAGAGCUAAGCUAUUUUCUAGUAUUUGAGGACUACUAACCAAU